GACCUGUGCUCUUUCUGACACUUUCCCUGUUACGAGAAUCUUAUUUGCUGUGAAAACACGCAUUCGCACACUUUUUUUUAUUUUCCACCAGGGGAAGGGCCACAUGCUGGGGCUGAACAACAGUUGGUUUGUCCAGAGACGAAGGAACAGCUGAGGCCAGCGGGAAAAGCCUCCUCGUAGUUAGCCACAACAUCAGCUGCCUAUCUCACACACAGAGUAAACACACACUAUGAGGAAGUGGCAAAGUCAACACGCGCACCGCGACCGAAUCAUCGCAUUGGUAUUAUCCGGCCAGCUCAGCGCGUUAUAACCUGACAUGCCUUUAUUCUAGUUUAAUGCCAGGCUAUGAAUCAGCAUUCAAGUUGUUUGAGAUUAAAUAAGGUGAAGCCGGUGUGAGUCAGCGUCGAGUUGAUGACUCGCCGAAGCGUUUUAACAUUGGUCGGUGUUGUUGAGACCUGGUGGAGUCCGGUGACUCACAGGUAAUACACGAGUAAGAGUUUUGACAAGGUUUGAGUUUCUACUCUGACUCACGUUGGGGAAAUGAUCAGCCUGUGGUGGGUAGCCUGCUUGUAAGGCGAGCUGUGUGUGUGGGUCUGAAGGGCUUUGUAGUCAGAUGAGGCCUCUGCAGCUCACGUGUCGUCUUCUUAAUCUCGCCGUAAUAACGAACAGACUUCAUAAUGAAGGGAGAAGUGCGCUUGAUUGCUUUCAGAGCUGUGCGAUAAGUGUCUCUCUGGCUGUGCGUGUCAUUUGGUCUGUGCUUAGUUAAGUCUCUUCACUGAAGCACCCUCCGUCGUUAAUCCUCCGCAUUCUUGUGACACUGAAAUCAGUCUGCUCUCCUCCAGCUGCCGACCGACAAUUCCCAGAAUUCUGCAGUGCAGUGAGAGCAAACACCGGGGAUACGCGAUAAAGUACCCGGUCGCAGAGUGGAGGAUUCGUCUGACCUUAAACCUCAAUAGGAAGGAGAUCAAGCCACUUCAGAGAUGGAGCAGGUAUCAGAUGACGAGUUGGACCAUGGAGCAGAGGAGGACAGCGAUAAGGAGGACCAGGACCUGGACAAGAUGUUUGGAGCCUGGCUGGGAGAACUGGACAAGCUCACACAGAGUCUGGAUGAUGGGAAGCCACAGAAAGCCCUGCAGAAGCCUCCUCUCAGACAGGAGACCAACAUGGCCAACUUCUCCUACCGCUUCUCAAUGUACAACAUAAACGAGGCGUUGAACCAGGGAGACACAGUGGACCUGGAUGCCCUGAUGGCCGACCUGUGCUCCAUCGAGCAGGAGCUCAAUACCGUAUCCAAACCAAACUCCAUCUCUCGAGGCCAGGGUAAAGGCCAGCAGAGGACCGGCGUGGGCCGCGCUGCUAGUAGCAAGCACACAGGCACCAGUGGAGGGGGAAGCAGCGGAGGAAGUACCAGUAGCAGUACCAGGGCAUCGCCGGCCAACACGGUACGAGGCGGCAGCGUCAACGCUCGCCCCGCAGCCUCCAACAUCUCCCUCGAUGACAUCACUUCCCAGCUGGAGAAGGCCUCUCUCAGCAUGGACGAGGCGGCUCGUCAGACAUCCUCCUCUUCCUCCUCCUCUUCUUCCUCGUUCUCCUCCACCACGCUCCGGCGGCCCUCGUCGGGGUCCUCUGGCGGCGGGCAGCACCGCAGGGCGGGCUCUGUGGGCGCGGUCAGCGAGCAGGAGGCGCCGUCCCAGCGGUCGAGUGUCAAUUCAGCAUGUGCCUCAGCGUCCAGCAUGGACUCCCUGGACAUUGACAAAGUGUUGACGGGAGGAGAGGCGGAGGGCCAGAGCAGCUCGAACCCCCCGGGACCGAACCAGACCAGCACUGAGCAUGUCGUACUGCGGCGGGCCAAUGGUCAGCCGGCCAGGCGGCAGCUUGACUUCACCUCACAAGCGGGUGAAGUGGAUCGGGCCACUCACUCGUAUCUGGACCGAGAAACCUCACUCAUUUUGAAAAGCAUAGCUGGAAAGCCUUCUCACCUCCUGACCAAGGAGGAGCAAGCAGCCAAACUGAAGGCUGAGAAGAUCCGAGUCGCCCUGGAAAAAAUCAAGGAGGCUCAGGUUAAAAAGCUGGUGAUCAGGGUCCACAUGUCGGACGAGAGCUCCAAGACCAUGAUGGUGGACGAGCGGCAGUCCGUCAGGCAGGUGCUGGACAGCCUGCUGGACAAGUCACACUGUGGCUACAGCCCCGACUGGGCCCUCGUGGAAACCAUCACGGAGCUCCAGAUGGAACGUAUUUUUGAGGAUCACGAGAACCUGGUGGAGAAUCUGUUGAACUGGACCCGGGACAGCCACAACAAGCUCAUGUUCAUCGAGCGCAUCGAGAAAUACGCUCUUUUCAAAAACCCACAGAACUAUUUGCUGGGGCGGAAGGAGACAUCAGAGAUGGCAGACAGGAAUAAAGAGGCUCUAUUAGAGGAGUGUUUCUGUGGCGGCUCGGUGUCUGUGCCGGAGAUCGAGGGCAUCCUGUGGCUGAAGGAGGACGGGAAGAAGUCGUGGAAGAAGCGUUACUUCCUCCUCAGGGCUUCUGGGAUCUAUUACGUCCCAAAGGGCAAAGCCAAGGCCUCCAGAGAUCUCGUGUGCUUCCUGCAGUUGGACCAUGUUAACGUGUAUUAUGGCCAGGACUACCGCAGCAAAUACAAGGCUCCCACUGACUACUGCCUGGCCCUCAAGCAUCCACAAAUCCAGAAGAAGUCGCAGUACAUCAAGUACUUGUGCUGCGAUGAUGUCAGGACCCUGCACCAGUGGGUGAAUGGAAUCCGAAUCGCCAAGUAUGGAAAGCAGCUUUAUGGGAACUACCAGGAAGCCAUGAAGAGAACAGAGGCGGCCUAUGAUUGGUCGUCUCUCUCCACCUCCAGCAUUCGAUCAGGCUCCAGCUCUGCCAGCAUACCUGAGUCCCAGUCCAAUCAUUCAGGACAGUCGGACAGUGGUGUGGACUCAGGCUCCUCUCAUGGCCGCUCCCAGAGUGUGGUGAGCUCCAUCUUCUCUGAGGCCUGGAAGAGAGGGACCCAGAUCGAGGAGAGCUCCAAGCAGAUAAGAAUGGAGGCAUCCAGAGGAGCCACCCUGCCGCAUGCUUCCCACAGUCACCGGCAUCACAGCCAGCACUCAAUGGACCACCCAGCCCUGACGCCCCCUCCUCAGACUCAUCCCCAGGCCCAAACACCACCCCCACCACAGCCUCAGCACCCACCAGUGCACCCCCAGACACUGGUCCAACCACAACAGCAGCACCUGCCGCCUCAGUCUCCUCAACAGGCCCCGCAGCCUCUGCCCCAAUCGCCUCAGCGCCCUCAGCCACCGCCGCCAAAGUCUCCGCAGCAGCAGCAGCAGCAGCAGCCACAGGCCUUAAGUGGCUACCACCACAUGCCCCCCCCACAGCAGCAGCAGCAACAGCCACAGGCCGUCAGUGACUACCACCACAUGCCCCCACCACAGCAGCAGCAGCAGCAGCAACAGCCACAGACUGUCAGUGACUACCACCACAUGCCCCCACCGCAGCAGCAGCAGCAGCAACAGCCACAGACUGUCAGUGACUACCACCACAUGCCCCCACAGCAGCAGCAGCAGCAGCAACAGCCACAGACUGUCAGUGACUACCACCACAUGCCCCCACAGCAGCAGCAGCAGCAGCCACAGACUGUCAGUGGCUACCACCACAUGCCCCCACCACAGCAGCAACCACAGGCCGUCAGUGACUACCACCACAUGCCCCUGCAGCAGCAGCAACAGCCACAGACCGUCAGUGGCUACCACCACAUGCCCCCACCGCAGCAGCGGCAGCAGCAGCAGCAACAGCCACAGACUGUCAGUGACUACCACCACAUGCCCCCGCAGCAGCAGCAGCAGCCACAGACCGACAGUGACUACCACCACAUGCCCCCACCACAGCAGCAGCCACAGACCGUCAGUGACUACCACCACAUGCCCCCGCAGCAGCAGCGGCAACAGCCACAGGCCUUCAGUGACUACCAACACAUGCCCCCCCCACCACAGCAGCCACAGACCGUCAGUGACUAUCACCACAUGCCCCCACCACAGCAGCCACAGGCCGUCAGUGACUACUACCACAUGCCCCCACCACAGCAGCAGCCACAGACCGUCAGUGGCUACCACCACAUGCCCCAAACACAGCAGCAGCCGCCAGCUCCUCCGCCCCCACCUCCUCCUCCACCGCCACCUCCCCCUCCGCCACCGCCGGUUCAAAGUGUGUCGCACCACUCGCCAGCUGUCACCAUGUACAAGUUCAGCACGAUCAACAGGCUGCAGAACCAGAACUCCUCGCAGACGGCCAAUCACCACAGGCUGCAAGUCCUGCCCCCAGCUCCAAAACCACCAGUUGCUAAAGUGUCCAUCAAACCCAAUGUGAACCACAUUGCUGCAAGGACUAAUGUCCCGCCUCCCCCGCCGCCACCUCCUCCGCCAUCCAUGCCCACCCCUGGGUCAGCCAUGGCCUCGCUGAGGCUCGGUCCUCCCAGCCUAGCCCCCCCACCUGCCUUCGUGCCUCCGCCCCCAGCUCCUCCUGCUCCAUACACCAAUGGUUUUGCAUUUCCUCCUCCACCCCCGCCUGGUCCUGCUCCCAUGAGCCAGCCCGUUUACUCCAUUGGGCUGAAGCAGGCGCUGAAGGAAAGGUUCCCCAGCCCGCCACGGGACCUCUUGUCUCCGAGUGGAGACCUCGACGAGUACCCACCGCCUGCCCCCGCACCACCACCGCCACCUCCUCCUCCACCGCCCCCACCACCUCCUCCCCCUCCCCAGCAGUUCCCAGUGCCAGCUCAGUUUCCACCCCCUCCGGCGCCACCUCCAGCACCACCCAAAACCUUCACCCCAGGUUUUAUCCCUCAUGCUCCCCCCAAGCCUGUGUCACCUGUCUCCCCUUUCCCUCCUGCUCCACCCUAUGCCGCCUUAGGGGGCCCUGCCCCAGCCCCACCACCACCUCCACCCCCACCUUCAUCUGGAGCCUUCAAGAAGCAGUUCAGCCUCCACGCAGGGCACACCUCCAGCCAACCACCUCGGACUCUGCCCAAGCAGCACAGCCUCUCUAAACCACCCAUGUCCACAGGAGCCCCUCCCACCAUAUCUUUAGUGAAACAACUGGCCAGUCAGUUUCCAGGAGCCCCCUCCCAAGUAGCCAACCACACAGAGAGCCCCAAAGCCCCCCUCUCACCACCUGCAGUCAAGACCAAACCAAGAUGGCAGCCAGGGGGUGUCCAGCAGCUUCAGUCUCCUGAGUUCCCUCCUCCUCCUCCAGACAGCAACGCUGGUUUCCCUGCUGCCCCUGCUCCCCCUGCUCCCCCUCCGCCGCCUCCCCCAGCACCUGUAACUGGCCCGACUCCGCCCCCUCCUCCCCUCCCCCCUGGAAACCUUGACUCCACCAUGAGGGCACCGUCUGGCUCUUCCAACUUUGGAGGCAAGAAAGCACCUCCUACCCCCAGCAGGAACUCCAGCGUGAAGUCCGAUUCCUCAGGCUCGUAUGAGGAAUCCAGGAGGAACUUGCUCAGUAAGUUUGCCCCCAAGAGCAACACCCCACCUUCAUCCCCUUGUCCCACCUCCUCCUCUACUGGAUCUCCCUCAAAGGACCACUCAGCUGGACCCCGCGCUCCCCCGAAACCAGGCAAGCUCAACCUGGCCAACUUGCCCAUGGGCCUCCAGUCCAAAGUGAGCCAGGUAAAGCAGUCCAGCGGCAACUUCCCUUCCCCACCACCCGAUUGUGCCUACUUCCCACCUCCUCCCCCAGCCACAGAUAUCUUCCCCCCUCCUCCCCCUCCUGGUGACACCCACAGCGGAGGGCCUCCGCGGGUAGCCGUGGUGAAUCCUCAGCCCCAGGCUCCCCCUCCUCCACCGCCCGUCUCCCUUGUCAGCAACUCAACAUGGGGAAAGAGUUCCCUGAAAAAGACUCCUCCACCCACACUUGUGCGGCGCAGUAACAACACCCCGGAGCCCCCUCCCCUUUCGCCCCCUCCGACCUCCCCGAAGGGCAGCUCAGGCCAGCCCAAUUUCUUGGAUGAUCUCCACCGGACACUGAAGCGAAAGUCGGUGGGACGGCAGGGUUCUCUCACCUCUGCCGGCCUCUCAGGCAAGUUGGAACCUUCCGGGACCAUGGACGACAUGGCGCUGCCUCCACCGCCCCCCGAGCUGCUUCAGGACCAAGGAAUGCAAAGCAACGGAGGAAACGGUGGCUACAUGUCCGGAAACAUCUCAGGCUAUGCAACGCUGCGACGAGGACCCCCACCUGCACCACCUAAACGUGGUGACGGCACCAAACUUACUGGAGAGUGUUGAACUCCGAGACAAGGACGCUAUGAAGACGGACGAACAGACAGUGAAAGAAUAUAUUGAAGUGAACAUUCAUAAGUGAACUGGGAGCUAAAUCCUGGAUACCUUCUGUCCUCUUGGGACCACAAUGAUAAAUGGAUGACUGUGUAUAUAUGAAAACCUAAAACCAGACCGUGGUCAGUGAGUGUUUGCUAAUUAUUGCAUUUUCGUUAACAUGCUCGGCGCUCCAGAUCAGUGAGGUUUACAAUAUUGGAACAAUUAAGACUGGAGCAGGCAGGUUUGAGGUCACAUAAAAGUCCUUUUCUGCCAUUAGCUAUACUCUCUGGAACAAACUGUAUUGCCCUGUAUUGUAACCCCCCCCCCCCCCCGUCACCCACUCGCUGUUCCGGUGUGCCAAGCAGAUUUAAUACAAACACUCGUAAGAUUUGUGCAAAUGUUACUGGAUCCAAGUCUGAGCCGAACCACGUAUCCGCAUAUUUUCCAUAAGUUUGUGCCACGUACUGGAAACAAAAAAAAAACCAUCAGGAUCAUUCUGCUUUGGUACUGCAUGGACCUCAUGUAACAAGAAGCUGUAAAACAUGAAGCUGUUCUGGUGUGUGUGCAUGUGUGUGAGCGAGAGAGAGAGAGAGAGAGAGAGAGAGAGAGACUGAAUAUGCACACAGGCAUUGUGUGCAUGCAUGUGUGGUGGCGAAACAGUGAAGUGUUGGGGAUGGCCUUUGUGGAGUGGUUUGCUUUUUAUAUGAAAUUAUUUAAUGAUUGAUAAAUGGAAGGAUUUUCUUUUUCUUUUCUUUUCUUUUUUUUUUUACAAGUCUGUCUUUUAACAGCUGGUCAACAAAGUCUAGAGAGGGAGAUAACAAUUAGGCCGCAAUGGAAUGUACCUGGAAGGCAUAUUUAAAAACUGUAAGAAUUAAUGAACAGCUAAAAUCCUCAAAAUGCAAACUAGAAGGAAGCCUUUUACCAAAAGUCUGGACUGUGCAACUGGAGAGACAAAACGUUUCAUUUAAUGCAAACUUAUACUGGACUUGUGUAAAUGGAGGGGGGGGGGGGGGGCUAUUGUGGUGUUUUCUGUGUGAGUUCGCUGUUGCUCUUUAGGAAGCUCAUCCUUCAGUUUGUGUACAGUUGCGGCCGCUCCUCUGUUGCUGCUGGUCCUCGCCGCCCGCCGUCUUAAAGAGAAAACUCCCAAUCCAGGAAGUACAGAUCGGAUUCGGCCACGUGAAGUCAACACAUCUCUCCAUUGGGAAACAGAUGCAUUUGUCUGGUUGAUGUAGAGAGCGUUCAUAUCGUGAGGUCGGCGACAGGAAUCAUUCGAGUUGCUUUAGACUGAAUGUUGCUUCGAGUCUGGUUUCCUCCUUGUGCCAUUACUGCUUCAGCCCUUAUUGCACAGGCACUAAGGUCACCUCCUAUUGUACCUACAGAGUGGAUCAUGAAGGGUUUUCAUCUCUAGCCUUCAGUUUUUUUAAAGGGUGCUAUGUUUUCCUUCAGGAACUCGACAUGUGCCAGGUUGACAUAUCAUUCGAAUCUCACACUAUUUAAACUGGUUUUAAAUUGGCUGCAGCGCGGAAUCGCUUCAACACUAUAACAGCUCCGAGGAGAUCUUCUGUAUUUUAAUUUAACUUGUUCAUUUGUCUCCCGCUCAGCCGCUCGAAGGCAGUGUACCGUUUCUUUUUGAGUGUCAUCGUCUUUGACAGGAUUGUUUGCUACAGUACAGUAUGUAAGUUAUUGAUGUGCUGAUGUGAACAUGUGGGGGGGAGGGAGGCCAAACCAAGUGAAGACAAGUGGUUGCAGAGAAGAGUCAAACGUGUCCUCUUGCAUAUAAACUGAAAAAUCACAAUAUAAAUGUUCGAAUCAGACCUCAA